AUGCCGGCCACCAACAUACUGGCCCAGAGGAAGGUGCUGGGAUGUGGGGUGUUUCUGGCCUGGCUGGUCCUCUUCCAUCUGCUGGUAAACGUAUGGCUCCUGUGCGUUUUCACCAGCCUGCUGGUGGUGCUCGGAGGCUGGCUUGGGUCACGGGUCAUGCUGGACGGCAACAGCCUCCUCCACCUGGAGCACUUCCUGCCGCUGUACCAGUCCCCUCCGGCCCAGCCUGCCGUGGACAGCGAGCGGCGGCUCGACUGGGAGAUCCACAGCGCGGUGAGCAAAGCCGUGCGCGACUUCGUCUCCUCGUGGUACCGCACCCUCGUGGCCGAGGAGGAGGGCGAGUUCGAGUGGGUGGUGCGAGACGCCAUGCUGGCGUCGGCGGCCGAGCUGAAGCGGCGGGCGCGUCACGUGGACAGGCGGGCGCUGGCGCAGCGGGCCUUGGAGCUCUGCGGCUGCCACCUCCAGAGCUACAGCCGCGCACGCCAGCAACAGCAGCAGCAGCAGCAGGGCCAGACGCGGCCUGAUCCCGGGCCAGAGUCGCAGGCGCGGGGGGGCGGCGAGGUCCCGGACCUGUGGCAGCUGUACAGCCAGGCGUUCCAGCCCCACCCGGCUCUGGCGAGUGCCACGGCCGAGCUCAGCUACUCCAGGUCCGUGGUGGACCUGCUCAUGCACGCGCUGGUGCCGUACCCUCUCCUGGAGACCCGGACGGGCCGCUUCAUGGUGGUGGAGCUCAUCACGUGCAACGUCCUCCUGCCGCUGGUGGCCAGGGUGUCCAAUCCCGACUGGCUCAACCUCACCAUCGUCGACGUCUUCACCAAGCCCAGCUCGCCGGAGGACGAGGCAGAGACGCAGGAGGCGUUCUACGAGGCCCGAGCCACGCAGCAGGACUCCUGGAGCUGCGGCCUCGACACCACCAUGAUGUGGUCGACGCCGGAGAUGUCCAGCGUCACGCUGACCGACGCCUCCUCGUUCUCCUCGGUCGUCCCGACCAGCACGGAGAGCAGCGCCCACAGUCUGUCCUCGCUGGAGGAGCCCACGCAGUGUGCCGGGACCGGGCGGCUCUUCUCGGGACGGGUCGGUCCGGCCCGACUUCCCGUGGACCUCCUCCGGCCGAUCCGAAGCUCCCGCUGGGACCCGGAGGCCGACUCCUCCGACCUGGAGUCGCCGUCCUCGGACGGCAAGAAGGUCUCUUACGAGUCGCUGAACUCCGAGGGGGACAAGACGGACCGCUUCUGCGACUGCGUGUCCCCCACCGACUUCUGCGGACUCGUGUGCCUGGAGGAAGAGCCCUUCGGCUUCCUCGGCGCGGCGAAGCGUUCGGCGCCGAAGGUCAUGGUGUCCGCCAUGGGUCACCGCUCCUGGCCCGAGAGCCCGGUGGAGGAGACGCCGGCCUCGCUCCACCAGGGCAGCUCGGCGACGGCCCCCGGGAGCCUCUGUCUGCCCCCCUUCAAGUUCGAGCCUCUGGGCAGCCCCGAGGGGCCUCUGGUCAUCCAGAACCUGCGCAUCUCGGGGACGCUCACGGCCAAGGAGCAAAAGGGCAGCAGCACACACCCAUACACACUCUACACUGUGAAGUAUGAGACUGUUGCAGAUUCGGACAGCUCGGGAACAGACCAGUCUCUCGCGUAUCACACCGUGAACCGCCGCUAUAGCGAGUUCCUCAACCUACAGACUCGACUGGAGGAGAAGCCAGAACUCCGCAAAGUGGUCAAAAAUGUGAAAGGCCCCAAGAGACUCUUCCUGGAUCUUCCCUUCGGGAAUGCUGACGUAGAUAAAGUGGAAGCUCGGAAAGGCCAGCUGGAGACAUAUCUCAAACAUCUCUGCACCAUCCCUGAGACCGCCAACAGUGACGAGGUGCAGGAAUUCCUGGGUCUCAACACAGACGCCAGAAUGACAUUUGAGAAGAAGCCAAGCAUUUCACGGAUCGACAAGUUGGUAGUGAAUGCCAUCGUGGACACCCUGAAGACAGCAUUCCCUCGCUCGGAGCCCCAAAGCCCCACCGAGGAGGCAGAUGGAGACUCCGAUGGGCGGAACCAACCAGAUGGCAAGAAGAUGAUCAGAUCUCGGCUGAGAUUUUCAAGCAAGAUUGCGCCAAGCCUCAAUAUCCCUGACAUGCAUCCUAAAGUAAUUUACACUUUCAGCGAGGGGAGCACUGUGCUGCAGGGUCUUUCCAUUACAGGCCUGGAGGGCCUCAUCAGGGAGCACGAGCGGGUGCUGUGUGGCCCGCAGAAGAUGACCGCUGAGGAGGGCCGAGCCGUCGGAGUGGACCAGAGAGGCGGCCGGGAACGCUCCAGAACUCUGGAGAGGAGAUCGACAGACACUGCUCUGGCUGACGUGGCCUUGAACAUCCUCUGUCUGCUGAUGAAAGACCAGUGGAGCUGGUUGUGCACGGAGAAUAUCCAGAAGACCAUCAGACUGCUGUUUGGCACCUUCAUUGAAAGGUGGCUGGACGUGGGCAUCAGACACCUGACCAGCGCCCCGUGUUGGGUGAUCUACCUGCGGGUGCUGCAGGAGGCGGUGUGGCCCGGCGGGGAGCUGCCGGCCGAGCAGCAGCCGGAGCGGAGCCCCGAGCAGCGCGAGGAGACGCGGCAGCAGUGCCUGGACUGCCUCGCCCAGAUGCUGCCAGAUUUCAUCUCGGAGAUGCUGGGAUCUGAGAAGUUCAGGCUGAGCUGGGAACAUAUGCUGGGAUCCCUGCAGGACUCCAACAUCAACAGGCACCUGGUGUACUGCAUCUUUGAUCUGCUGCUGGAGUUUCUGAUCCCUGAGUCCUCGGAGGAGGCAUUUCAGAAAUCCCUGCUGCAAAGUCUUUCCCGGGAUGUGGAGAGAACGGCAACAUCUCCGUGA